AUGUCGUACUUUCAGAAAGUAUCAGUCUUAUCAGGCGGUAUACUUUCAUUUUUACGAAUACCUACGCGAAACAAGGUACUGUUCCAACGGUUUCGCAUAGAGGAAAUACUCAUAGCCAUAAAUAGGAUGAUUUGCCUUUCUGUCUAUUUGAUCCUGCAAUUCUUAACCUCCAUCUAUUUCAUUGUCCAGUGUGGUGGCAAAAAGAAAAAGGUGGAUACCCCGAAAAGAAGCAAAAAGAAACACUCAACCAAGAAGGUCGAAAAGAAAAAGGAGCAGCCUCGAUCUGCAGAACCUCAGCCACAACAAAAAAAGAGUACGGACUCGCAGCAGAAGCCAGACCCAACAGCCAUCGAGGAGAAGAGAGAGGGGGGAUCUAGAUCGGCUGUGGAUCAGAAAGAUGAGAUCAGGGUAGAAGAGAAGAAAAUUGUAAAAAAGCCCAAUGAGGAGAAUGUUGAAGAGAAGAAGGAGAAGGAAGAGAAGAAAGAAGACAAGAAAGAAGAGAAGAAAGAUGAAAAAGAGGAGAAGAAAGACGAAAAGAAAGAGGACGAGAAGAAGGGGAGCAAAGAAGUGGAGAAGAAGGAUGAGCCAAAAAAAGAAGAAGGAGAGAAAGAGGACGAAAAGAAAGAGAGUAAAGAAGGGGAGAAGAAGGACGAGGAAAAAAAUGAAGAAGGAGAGAAAGAGGGAGAGAAGAAAGGGGACGAGAAGGACAAGGAAAAAGAGAAGGAAAAAGAGAAGGAAGAGGAAAAGCAAAAGGUGGAAGAGCUUCCACUAGAUGUCACUAUGCCAUCCCCACCAAAGGUGCUCAAAGUCACAAAUGAAACGGACAAGAAGCAGGCGAUGAAAAUAAAGUGCUCCAACAAUGCUAUGUUCAAAGUAAAUCCAGUGUUCGCCAUGAUCGAUGUGGGCAAGACUAUCGACCUUGUUUUGAGCCGAAGCGAUGGCCCAGUCAAGCCCGAGAAGAUACUUGUUCUCACCACACCGUUCGAAGGAGACAAUGCCCAGAAAGCUUACGCGAACAAGGACAAAGUCAAUCCACACACUAUAACUGUCCCGCUAGUGGCGAAAACAUGA